AUGAAAAUUCAAAUCUUUUUAAUUCUUCUUUAUUAUUGCUAUUCGCGAUGUGCCUUCACAGUGGAUGAAAAUGACAAGCCAAUAGAAACUGAUAGGGAUCCUGAAAUAAUAGGGACUGUAGAAGCAUGUCCCUUUUUCUCUGAUCAACCAGUCUGUUGCACAAGAAGUUAAGACCGAUCAAUGAUGAAGGAUUUCAAGUCUUUGGAUGCCACCUUUGGGAAUGAUGGAGGAGGUUGUGAUAUAUGUGGUUCAAAUAUGAAGAGAUUCUGGUGCCAUUAUACAUGUUCUCCAAAUCAGAGCGAAUUCAUGAAAAUCUCUGGAAGAUAGAAUAUGACUGACCCUUUGAACUCUUCUAAGAUCUUAGAUGUGUAAAUGGUAACCUUAGAAGUCCAUCCACAAAUAGCAUGUGAGGUUUUUUCCUCUUGCAAAAGAACUUCAUUUGCAACUCAGGUUUCUGCCAUGGCCAGCCCAGGAGGAUUCUUUACUUUUUAAGGAGAAUAAGCAGUUGGUGAAGGAGGAUAAUAUAUUAAGGUUGAAUUUUAAGAAUCCAAUUCACUUUACUUUGAUGAUAUUUGGUCUUGCAAUCACAAUCAUAGCCACACUACUGAGGAUGAGACUGGUAUUCAUUAUUGGGAUGACUUUGGAUAUGAAUUACAUGGAGAAUGUGGGUGUAAUACUUGUGAGGAUAGUUGUUAAUCGGACAAAAUAUUGUAUGAACCACCAGGGAUAUUAUAUGGAUUCGAAGGCACCUAUAUUUUGUUCGCUUGGGGAUGGGCUAUUUUAUUGUCAUUGGCAAUUACUAUAAUUAGGAGGUGCCAACAAAAAAAAUUUGAAUUAAGUGACUUGGAAGAAUAGAAACAAAUUCUUGGUUGA